CAGGGAACACUGCCUAUGACUAUUUUGGCCAGACCUGCAGUGAGCAGGAGGAAGAAAAUUGAGACCGAAGUGGACACGUUCCUUCAGGAGCUGCGUGAGAGAGUCCAGAUUGGCGUGGUGGGAGGCUCUGACUACUCCAAGAUAGCAGAGCAGCUGGGGGAAGGGGAUGAAGUCAUCGACAAGUUUGAUUACGUCUUUGCGGAGAAUGGUACCGUGCAGUACAAGAAUGGGCAGCUGGUCGCUAAACAGGCUAUCCAGAAUCAUCUCGGAGAGGAGCUUUUGCAGGAGCUGAUCAACUUUUGUCUCAACUACAUGGCACUCCUGAAAUUGCCCAAGAAACGCGGAACCUUCAUAGAAUUCCGCAACGGAAUGCUCAACAUCUCUCCCAUUGGCCGAAGCUGCACCCCAGAAGAGCGAAUAGAAUUUUCUGAGCUGGACAAGAAAGAGAGGAUCCGGGAGAAGUUUGUGGCAGCCCUGCAGCAAGAGUUUGCUGGCAAAGGCCUGCGGUUCUCUCGAGGUGGUAUGAUCAGCUUUGACGUCUUCCCCGAAGGCUGGGACAAGCGCUACUGCCUCGAUAUCCUCGAUGACGAGAGGUUCGACACCAUCUACUUCUUCGGGAAUGAGACCACCCCCGGAGGGAAUGAUUAUGAAAUUUAUGAUGAUCCCCGGACAAUAGGACACAGCGUCCAGUCUCCCCAGGACACGGUCCGGAGGUGCCGUGAGAUAUUUUUUCCAGAGAAAGCUAAUGAAUCGUGACUCCAAUACCCUUUCACCAGCACUCUGCCUCCCAAGAUCCCACAUUAUGAAAACCACCUUCAUUCAAGGACUCUGUGCUGGGCCCUUCGAAGAAAGCUUUCCGGAGCUGGUCAGGAGGGAAAGAUUUAAAUUGAAGCAUGGGAGGGCAUAGAGAAGGGGAUUAUUCACCUUCCGCCACCCUCAGAUACAGGUGGGCUGUGUGAGACCAGAUUCCUCCCUGCCACCAGGUAGAUUCUCUUCCUUUUCCAGGUGAAGGUUCUUGGUGGGAGAUGGUUCCCUGCUUUGUGGUUAUGAGGCAUGUAUAGGGGCCAAUCACUACACUUUCACUCUCUAAAUGUAUUUGCACAAGCGAGGCACUCUUCAUCAGUUAGCACCUUUAAAUAUGAAGUAGGGUCUGGUUCCCCUAAGCUGGGUGGUUCUCAGACUGCUUCACACAGCCCACCGGUCCCUGCAGGUGACCUGGAAAGGGUCUUAAAAAUAGUCAAGGCUGCAAACCCACAUUCUGCUUGUCCCUGUUUUGCCAGAAGUUGGGAAUGAGCGACAGGGGAUGGAUCACUUGAUGAUUAACUGUUUUGUUCACUCCCGCUGGGGCCACUAGCACCAGCCACUGGGCUAGAUGGACCUGGCUGUUCUUGGGUCUUGUACCCUUUCCAGCUUGGUUUAAGUGUAUGAAGAAGGCCAGUAUUUCUUUAGUGUUUAUUUAUAUAGCUCGAAAAAGGGUGCACUGGGUUUCUGUUUUUGUGUACACUAGAAACAUCAGGAAUGUUGGCUUUGAUUUGGCUAGAGCACUUCUGGGAGGUGUCAGGAGUGUUUAUUCUGCCCUUAGCACCUCCGCUGAAGAGGCUGGGAAGUUUAACAAAGAGAUUCUUUUAUCCACGUGUUAAUUAGGCAUUGAAGGAGAGUGGGUGUUCAGUUUAAAAAAAGAAAUCCGCUCUGGCAGUUUCAGCAGUCUGAAUGCUAUGCCCUUUUCUCUCCCACUUGCUCAAGUCUCCCUUGUCUGGAGAAGCUAUGAAGUGAUGCCACUGCCAAACACCCUGGGAACUGCCUGCCUAGACAGGAGCUGGAAUCCUAGUUCAGAAAACCCCAGCCUUUAAAAAACCAACCCAGCCCUUUCAAGCAUUCUUUGUCUGGCUGAAGGAAAGCACAGAACAUCCCUAAUCUGUCCCCUCCCUUUUGCCAGUCACCUCUGCAGAGACAGGUGCCCAUCCACCCAGAGCUGCCCAGGACAUGCCCAGCAGAACUGCUGCCAUUUUUCUUUCCUUUUUCUUUCUCCGGGUCUUUGUGGCUUCUGUUUUUUCACCCAUCUUUAGACUGUUGUGUUCUGAGUACUGCUUUCUUGCCCUGUAGCCCAGAGUGGCUCUUUGCUUCUUUGUAGUGACUAGACCACACACAGAGCCUUCAGUCUCCUCCUGCUACUGAGCUAACAAACCAGGCCCUAGUGCCUCCCAUGGCUUUUGGCCUCCUAGAUCCCGAGUUGUCUGUGGGGUCUGAGCAUACAGAUUCAGGUAGGGGAUCACUUGCAGGGUUCCCUUUCAGCAGUUUUUCAGAGAGGCUGAGUACCCUGUGACACCAGUAUGACAUCGUACUCAGCCACCCUGAUAAUGGGGCCCUGGGUCCUUUGGGCAUGGGAUGUCUACUGGCAGCCCUGCAGGGCUGAGCUUAGAGUUUGACUAAGGGAGAGGAAGAACUUUCCUCCUCCCUCCCUCCGCUGCUGCUUUGUGCCUAUCGACUGUUCUUGGGGCUGGGUGCCGUGGGAGCAGAGAUGUAAGAUGGGUCCCUUACCAGGGCCUACCCGCUUGUUUUCCCAUUCAGGAGCUUAGUUGUGCUGUGGGUGCAGGGUUACACAGCUCUCCCCCCACGCGUUGUGCUCUGCCCUAUACCCACUUUGGACUCAUCUGGGGUCCAUUACUGCACGAUGGGCAACGCCGGCUGCCCAGCCCUGCAGGGUAUUUUCUCAGCAGUGCUAAGGGUCACUUGGCCUUGCUCAACAUCAAGCCUGCUGAGGCUUCCCCAGGGCUCCUGCUAAUGCACAGUUCACCACUUGCAGCUGGAAGGGCACUUCCUUGUGGUGGCAGGUACCGCUCUGUGAAUUUGUUCCAGGGUCUGUUGUGAGAUCCUACCAGCUGCAGGCCACUGUUAUGUUCCUUCUCCACUAGAGCCCAAACCAUAUUUGGGGCCUGGUCAGCACGUGGUGGGCUGUGCCUCCAGCCCCAGGCCGCUGCGGAGGGGAGGCCAGUGUGGCUCUUGGCCAUAGUGCCAGGCUCUUCAGCUUGGGCUGCAGAGGCUGGUGGAUUUAGCGCUGGAGGCCCCUUCUCCAAAGCACAUUGCUGGGCUGCACAGGCUGUAUAAAGUGGAGCAGCUGGGCUGCCUGGGGUGAAGCAGAGUCCAACCAGCUACCCUCCUCAGCAGAUGCACAGAUUGAGCCAGGCUUCCUGUUCUAGCCUUUCCCUGCCUGCAGGCCCCCACCUGCCCUGGCAGCCACAACCACUGCAGGGAAGCAGCAUGAGUGGGAGAAGGGGGUCAAGCUUAUUACCAAAAGCCACCUCUGACUUUGGGAGGGGCUUAGCCCCAGCCAUGCUGUGCAGGGGUGAGGACCUAGCACACGACGUGCACCUGCUCACUGCCUCAGAAGCAGGCCCUGGGGGGCUCAGCUUGGCUGCUUCCUAUUAGCACUGACACUGCCAGCCCUACACUACUGCAGUAAAGCGGGCGAGGGACCAAAUGUGGGUGUGGUGGGAAGGAGCAAGGCUGGGUUCCUUGCUGGAGCUUGGGGCAGUGAGCAUCUGUGCUUUGGCUGAGCAGCGGCUUAUGGCCGAGGAAGAGCUUUUGACCACCCCACAUGGGGCCGCUCCUCAGAAGUAUUUGUGUGCACCCCGUUCCCAGAGCCCUCGUUCGGCUAGUCACUUUGCUCUCCCUAAUGCUGCCAAGAAAUUCACGUUGCCUGUCUACACUGCCUUCUUGUGGAAGAGCUCUUGUGCAAGAGGGCUUAUCCUAUUGGGGAGAGGAAUAACUUCCGGAAGAAGCACUGUUUUUCGACACUGUACUGUAAAUUUACUUAUACAAGAACGCGCAUGCAGUGUAGACGCUCGGCAAGAUUUUGGUCUAGAAUUUACCAUCUGUUUCGUAACACUGGAUUUGUAACCCUGGUGGGUUGAUCUCAUUGUGACAGAGGUGGAGAGGCCAUGAAGUGGGAGCCCUGUCCCUCCCCCUCACCUUCUCCCAGGGGAGACAGAGCAUUCAGUGACCUAUGACAGGCUACAAACAGGGAGGACACCUCCUUUGUGUUAAACCUGCAACUAACCACAGGCCAGCUGGCACUAGUAAACAGACUCUCCCACAGCCCCUAAUGAAGCAGGCAUGAGUA